UGUGUCCGGAAGGCUGGCGUUGCUCGUGUGUAUGGGGGCGCCUCUUCGAUCUUAACGACACAAUCGACUCACGAAUAUAAAACACUAUACGACCGUCAUGCCAUUAUACGCGACAUAAUCAUCAUGAAUACAAUGCGCAAUCGUUUAAAAAUAUUAUAAUUUAUUCUUGUUUCCUACAGUGCGGUCUUAAAUGUGAAUUGGCUUCGAUAAACAUUUAAAUUUCAAGUGUUUAACAUAUAAAUUGUUGGUGAUGUUUUUUAACUUUAAUUAAAUAAGACAUCUGUGUGCGUGAGAACUAUUUUUUACGAGUGCUUUUACUUCAUUAGUAGGGCGUGAAAGAAAUGGAUGCGGUAUGCCAGCACAGCGACGGAUUGUGCCAGGCGUUUGCGCUCGCCGCAGCGCUACACUCGCUCAACCUCUAUUGCGCUAGCAUCUCCACCGCACUUAUCUGCUGUUGUUCCACGCAGCGGCCUCGCUGGUGUGGUAUCAAAUGGCAAUGGCAAAAUACGCGGGGAAUAGUAAGUCUGACUCUAGGAGUGGUAUGGUGUUGUGUUGCCGCCUCAGGUUCUCUUCGUCCUGGACACACCAUGCGCCUAGUUGCCUCAUUAAUGGCUCCUCUAUCUUGGCUUGCUGCUGCAGCAAUGCAUAUAACUUUAUGGACUCGGCGCUCAACGGCCCCAAUUCUUUAUUUAGCUAUUUACUGGUUGUUAUCAUCAGCCUCAUCAGCAACAAUCACAUAUCGUUUUCUACUCGUUGGGGUUCCUCACAACCACGUCGAAGUGUAUCUGCAUGGAGUAGGAAUAUUUUUAGCAUUUAUAAUGUCUGGAGUGGAUUGGUUAUGCUUUUAUGACGAAGUAACAAAACGUUCAAAUUGCCGCAUAAAAAGUUCUACAGAAUCUAAAAAUACGCUAUAUUUAUAUAAUGACACCCACUUUUACUCGAAAAUUACCUUCUUUUGGCUAAACACAUUUUUAUAUAAAGGCUAUCGUCUACAUCUAGACAAUGAGGAUUUGAAAGAAGUACCUGAAGAUGAAACCGCAAAAAAACAUUUUAAAAAAUUUAAGGCUAUAAUCAAUAAAGGUAACACAGUCAGUAUAUGGAAAUGUUACGUUCGCAUGGUGUGGCCGAACUUCUAUAUUGCAGGAAUAUUGAGAUUAUUCAGCGACUUAUCAAGCGUCAUUCCAGCGUUAGGUUUAGCUACUUUAAUUUUGUACAUGGAAAAUGAAACGAAAAUCGACAACGUGGCACCUGAAGUGACCGUACAAGAGUUUUUUUCGAAUGGCUACGUUGUGCUUGUUAUUCUAACUUUAGCACUUAUUAUUCAAGCGUUACUGUCACAAAAUUCCACUCAUUUACUUAUGGUGGAAGGUUCUAGACUAAAAAUGGCUUUACAGAGCAUGAUUUACGAUAAAUGUACGCGAUUAGCAUGUUGGUCUACAGACGCAGAUGUAAGUGAGGAGUCACCAUUACUUCAUAAUCCCGAAGAUGACGCUAAUACACAAUCAGGGCUUCUUAUGAAUUUGAUAUCUCAGGAUACAUAUAACAUUAUGUCAUGCGUAUGGGUUUUCCAUUAUACAUGGGCCAUACCACUGAAGGUUAUUGUUAUACUGUAUUUACUUUAUACAAAAUUGGGUUAUAGUGCGAUAAUAGGCUCGGUUACCAGCCUAUGUCUUAUAACUCCGUUACAACUUUUCAUUGGGAAGAAAAUAUCAGACAAUUCUAGAGAUAUAUCAAAAUGUACGGACCAUAGAAUUUCGAAAAUAUCAGAAAUUUUGCAGGGUAUGAAUGUCAUUAAAUUAUACGUAUGGGAAGACUUGUUCAAUGAAAAAAUAUUACAAUUGAGAGAAGUCGAAUUAAAACUCCUCAAUAAAGAUUCUUGGUACUGGGGAUUACUAAAUUUUACGACACAAGUUUCCGCAGCAUUAAUUACAAUUAUAACGUUUACAACGCACUAUUAUCUUGAGAAUACAAAUACAUUAAACAGUAUUAAUGUGUUUGCUGGGUUGGCACUUUUCAAUCAGCUGACGAUACCACUGUUAAUAUUACCCGUAACUUUGUUUAUGAUCAUACAAGCUAUGGUCAGCACAAAAAGGAUAAAAGAUUUCUUGGAACUUCCAGAGUCUUGUAAUACGCGAGAUGGUACUAAUGACAAUUCAUAUACUAAGCAAUCGGCGGACAAUGUAUACGAAGCUUUUCUUGAUGUUAUUCCAGAAGAUAAUCUUUUUUCUGAAAGGGAAGAAUUUGAUUUAAAUAAUGACAAUGAACACUCGGGGUUUAGCAGUGCACCGAUUGUCCAAGGACAGGAAUAUUUAAUAAGGUUUACAAAUGCUGCUUUUUCUUGGAAAAUGAAGGAUAAUGUGUGGCUAGAGAUUGAUAAUUUAGAUAUACCAUCAGGAAAAUUAAUUAUGGUAGUUGGAGCUUCUGGUUCGGGUAAAUCCUUAUUGCUCUCUGCAAUAUUGGGAGAAAUGUAUCAAGAAAGGGGAGACGUUAAUGUAAAUGUUCAUUGUUCAACAUGGUACGCUGGUCAGCCACCCUGGCUUCUUGAAGGCUCGAUAAGAGAUAAUAUUUUGAUGGAUAGUGCGUGGUGCCCGAAAAGGUAUGCUCGCGUCCUGCGUGCCACCGGAUUACGACCUGACUUGCAGCUGUUACCGGAUGGUGAUGACACUCAAUUGGGAAGCUAUGGGACGCCGCUGUCAGGAGGACAACGGGUUCGCUUGUGUGUCGCACGUGCUUUAUACUCCAAAGCGAGACUCAUUGUACUUGACGAGCCGCUCAGUGCUUUAGAUGUGACAUUGGCGCAACAUUUAGUCGCGAGGGCGCUCAUUCCUGCCGCCCGUUCCGGUCGUACAGUGAUAUUAGCCACGCACAGAUUAGAGGUCUUACAUUACGCGGACUUUAUAAUAGCAAUGGGAGACGGCCGUGUAAAUGAAGUCGGCCGUCUUAAUACUAUGUCUGAAGGCGUUAUAAGUCAGUGGGCACGACUGGCUGCCGACGCCCGUGCAGCAGCAUUACGGACCGGCGCGGGUCCAACCGGAGGUGCUGCGCGCGAAAGAAAACAACUUGUUCGAGCAAUAAGCCGGUUGCAGUUUCAGAGAAAUAUGUCAGAUGAUGCUAAGCAUGUGGGCAUCAACGAAGUAGUCGGAGCCCAUCUUUUAACAGAGGUGCCCACGUGUGCGGGCGGCAGUUGGCGUCAAAUUGCAAAGCGAGCGCGGCCACCAAUAUCACGUCAAUUUUCCUCUCCGUCUCCGACUGAUCAAAACUUCAAAUGGUAUCGUGACUUACGACGCGCGGUUAGUGCAGAUGAAUCUAAUGAAGUCUUACAGCAUGAAGCAAGCUUAUUGCGACGAUUUUUAAGCCGCCGACCGUAUCAUACAAUAUCCAGAUGGACGCCGAGGAUUUUACUUCGAAUAUUAAGCUCUGAUUCGGAUACGUCAACUCAUUCAACACAAAAUAAUGGGACAGUAGUGGAAGAACCAUCCGAUGAGGCAACGUUCAACUCUACCACUUGCAAUGGAAUUGAGACGUAUACUGCGCAGGAAGACAUGCCAGAGCCUAAUAUAGAAGAUGAACAUAUUCUGGACGAGUCCAAGGUUUGGUGGAAAUACAGUCAAACGUGCCGAUGGUGGGGCGCCGCGUACUGUGUGGUCGCCGUGGCGGCACAGGCGGUAGCACUUGCUUCAGAUUACUGGCUCUCGCAUCUAGCUACAGAGAAUGCACGCUCUCUACUAUCCGAUCAAGAGAUAUGGAACAUGAUACGUGUUUACGCGCUGUGGUGCGUGGGCGCGAUAUGCGCUGCAGGCUGUGCACAAGUCGCAUGCGCAUGUGCCGGUGCUGCUUCGAGACGUACUCUACAUGAGCGUCUGCUGCAUGCUACGCUCCAUGCACCGUUGCACUAUCACAACUCACGCUCGGCUGGAGAUACGAUACACCGCUUCUCUUCUGAUACACUUGUUGUUGAUAAGAAGUUGCCAACGGCUGUGAACAGAUGGGUUCACCUAGCAUUACUUUGUGGAGCUGCUAUUCUUGUUAAUGUAAUAGCGUCGCCAUGGACCUUACUCGCAAUAAUUCCAGCGUGUGCUAUGUACAUUGUGUUACAAUCUGUUUAUUUAAAGAAUGCUAGGACCCUUCAACAUGCAGAGGCUGAGAGCGCAGCGCGAGCAGUGUCGCUGGCGGCGCAGACUUUGUCGGGCGCGGUCACAGUGCGCGCGGGAUGCCUGCGGCCACGCAUGCGCGACGCCUUCUGCCGUCGACUCGAUCGCAACCACAACGCUUUGUUGCUGCUCAAUUCUGCUAAUCGUUGGUUAAGCCUUACAUUGGACGUAAUGGGUGCGUGCAGCGUAUUCGUGUCGCUGGCCGCGGCCCUGUACAGCGGUAUCGGGGGUGCGGCCACGGGCCUCGCGGGCACCUACUCGCUGCUGCUGCCAGCGUACCUCGCGCACCUCGGCAAGGGCCGCGCGGACCUAGACACGCUGCUCGCGUCUGUGCAGCGCCUGCUCACCGACACCGACGUGCCGCAAGAGAAUUACAGAGAAGACUGUCCUAUUCCUACGGAUUGGCAACGGAGCGGUAAAAUAGAAUUCCAAGAUGUAACUAUUCAACACCAUCCAGAAUCAGCGCCAGUGCUUCAAAAUGUUAAUAUCGUAGUUAAUCCUGGUCAAAGGAUCGCCAUUUGUGGCCGUAGUGGUAGCGGGAAGUCCUCACUUCUAUUGACUUGCGCGGGCGCUACGACAAUACACAGCGGUCGCGUAUUGCUCGACGGUCAAGACAUUACGCAUGUUCCGUUGCGUGUGCUGCGCCACCGAGUGGUGGUUUUGCCACAAGAAACUGUCAUGUUUUCGGGAACACUGCGGGAGAAUCUUGACCCACUCGCUGUACACACAGAUGAAGAAAUUUGGCAAAGUUUAAGAGCCGUCGGAUUGUUUGACUAUGUGACUGCACAGCCGGCUGGUUUAGAGUGCAGCGUGUGCGGCGCGCGCGGGUGGGGCGGCGGGCGCGGCGCGCGGGUGUGCGCGGCGCGCGCGGCGCUGCACGCGCGUCCGGCCGCCGCGCUGCUGCUGGACGAGCCCGGCGCCGCUCUCGACGCGACCGCCGAGCGCGCUUUACUGAAUGCGAUCGCCAUCGUCGCGCCUAACGCUACUAUCCUUACUGUCGCGCACCGCAUAUCAUCCGUACGUGACUAUGACGGCGCCAUGUUGUUGGAGCGCGGCGCAGCUUCAGAGUGCGCCGACAUGGAUUCGCUGCUGAGCCCGCGCGCCUCGCUCAACGCACGUAGCAACGGGUCUACUGAACCUGGUCACUCCGGAUAGAUUACGUCCAAAGUUACCCGAGCUCAGCCCGGUGUCUCGUCGCCGAGUCGUAGGUUACUUAUUCGCACACAAUUCGUAAAUAUAUCGCUUUAAAAAGAAGACUGAAGUUGCUCUUAUUUUUUUGUCUAAUAACUUCGAGGACCACCGAAUUACUUUGUAGCAAUAAUAAUGUAAUUUUGAUCGUUUUAUAUAACUUACAUGUAAAUAAUAAAUCACAAUUGACGUUUAUUGAAUAAAAUAGAAUAAUAAAACGA